CUUCAGGACCAACCUCUGGACCUACAUCUGGACCUACAUCUGGACCUACAAGUAGUCCAACUUCUGGACCAACAUCUACACCAACAUCUGGGCCUACCUCUGGACCAACCUCCACACCAACAUCUGGGCCCACAGGUGGACCAACUUCCGUGCCAACCUCUGGACCUACAAGUGGACCUACCUCUGGCCCUACUUCUGUUCCAACAUCUGGCCCUACUUCUGGUCCAACAUCUGGUCCAACAUCUGGCCCUACUUCUGGUCCAACUUCCGGACCCACAAGUGGUCCUACUUCUGGUCCCACCUCAGGCCCCACAUCUGGUCCAACUAGCGGACCUACAUCUGGACCCACUUCUGGACCAACUUCUGGACCAACUUCAGGCCCCACCAGCGGACCUACAUCUGGACCCACCUCUGGCCCAACAUCUGGGCCUACCAGUGGACCUACCUCUGGUCCAACUUCUGGACCUACUUCCGGCCCAACUUCUGGACCAACUUCUGGACCUACCUCUGGUCCAACAUCUGGACCAACGUCGAGCCCUACCUCUGGCCCAACAAGCGGGCCCACAUCUGGUCCAACAAGCGGACCCACAAGUGGACCAACCAGCGGACCCACAUCUGGACCAACUUCUGGACCUACCUCGGGCCCAACUUCUGGACCAACAUCAGGUCCAACUUCUGGACCCACAUCUGGUCCUACUUCAGGACCUACCUCUGGACCAACUUCUGGACCAACCAGCGGUCCAACCUCUGGUCCUACUUCUGGUCCGACAAGCGGACCAACUUCUGGUCCUACGUCAGGGCCAACAUCUGGACCUACAUCAGGGCCCACAAGUGGACCUUCCUCUGGCCCAACUAGUGGACCAACUAGUGGACCAACUAGUGGACCAACUAGUGGCCCAACUUCUGAACCGACUAGUGGGCCAACUAGUGGCCCAACUUCAGGCCCUACUUCAGGACCAACUUCUGUACCGACCAGUGGCCCUACCAGCGGCCCUACUUCAGGACCAACUAGUGGACCCACAUCAGGACCCACCUCUGGACCAACUAGUGGCCCUACCUCAGGACCCACGUCUGGUCCUACCAUUGGACCUACAUCUGGACCCACCUCUGGCCCAACAUCUGGGCCUACAAGUGGACCAACUUCUGGGCCAACUUCUGGACCUACUUCCCGCCCAACUUUUGGACCAACCAGCGGACCAACUUCUGGGCCAACAACUGGACCCACUUCCAGCCCAACCAGUGGACCUACGUCUGGCCCAACCAACGGACCUACCUCUAACCCAACCAGUGGACCCACAUCUGGACCCACUAGCGGUCCAACCAGUGGUCCGAGCAGCGGACCUACAUCUGCACCAACUAGUGCUCCAACAAGCGGUCCAACGAGUGGGCCGACCAGCGGACCCACAUCUAGACCCACAAGCGGCCCUACCAGCGGACCUUCAUCUCGUCCAACUAGUGGCCCAACCAGUGGCCCAACUAGUGGACCCACUUCGGGACCAACGUCAGAACCAACAUCUGGACCUACCAGUAGUCCGACUUCUGGACCAACUUCUACACCAACAUCCGGGCCUACCUCUGGACCAACCUCCACACCAACAUCUGGACCCACAGGUGGACCAACUUCGUUGCCCACCUCUGGACCAACAAGUGGACCUACCUCUGGCCCUACGUCUGUUCCAACCUCAAGACCUACUUCUAGUCCAAGUUCCGGACCUACAAGUGGUCCUACUUCUGGUCCCACCUCAGUCCCCACAUCCGGUCCAACUAGCGGACCUACAUCUGGACCCACUUCUGAGCCAACCAGUGGACCAACAUCAGACCCAACCAGUGGACCUACUUCUGGUCCAACAUCUGGACCUACUUCUGGACCAACAAGCGGACCUACCUCUGGUCCCACAUCUAGACCAACCAGCGGGCCAACAUCUGGUCCAACCAGUGGCCCAACCAGCGGACCCACAUCAAGACCAACUUCUGGACCUACGUCUGGCCCAACAUCAGGUCCAACUUCUGGACCGACAUCUGGUCCUACAUCAGGACCGACCUUAGGACCAACCAGUGGUCCAACGUCUGGACCUACUUCUGGUCCAACGAGCGGCCCAACUUCUGCGCCAACAUCUGGUCCUACAUCUGGACCAACAUCAGGACCCACAAGUGGACCUACCUCCGGUCCAACUAGUGGCCCAACUUCUGGCCCAACUAGCGGCCCUACAAGUGGUCCGACUUCAGGACCCACCUCUGGGCCAACCAGCGGACCUACAUCAGGACCCACCUCUGGGCCAACCAGCGGACCUACAUCAGGACCCACCUCUGGCCCAACCAGCGGACCUACAUCAGGACCCACCUCUGGCCCAACCAGCGGACCUACAUCUGGGCCAACAAGCGGACCGACUUCAGGCCCAACCAGUGGGCCUACCUCUGGACCUACUUCCGGACCAACAAGUAGUCCCACCUCCGGCCCGACAAGUGGACCAACCAGUGGUCCUACCAGUGGACCUACCUCUGGCCCGACUAGUGGGCCAACCUCGGGACCAACUAGUGGUCCCACAAGUGGACCUACAUCUGGCCCAACUAGUGGACCUACAAGUAGUCCAACAUCUGGUCCAACUAGUAAACCAACUUCUGGACCUACAUCAGGGCCAACUUCUGGACCUACGAGUGGACCUUCUUCACGACCCACGUCGGGACCAACCUUCGGACCUACUUCUGGACCCACUUCAGGACCAACAUCUGGACCAACAUCAGGGCCAACUUCUGGACCUACUUCAGGACCCACAUCUGGUCCAACCGCCGGGCCAACCUUUGGACCCACGUCGAGACCAACCUCUGGACCUACUUCUGGGCCUACUUCUGGACCAACUUCAGAACCAACAUCUGGACCAACAAGUGGUCCAACUUCAGUACCAACGUCCACACCAACAUCUGGGCCUACCUCUGGACCAACCUCCACACCAACAUCUGGGCCCACAGGUGGACCAACUUCAGUGCCCACCUCUGGACCUACAAGUGGACCUACCUCUGGUCCAACUUCUGUUCCAACCUCUGGCCCUACUUCUGGCCCUACGUCUGGACCAACUUUUGGUCCAACUUCUGGUCCAACAUCUGGCCCUACUUCUGGUCCCAGCUCAGGCCCCACAUCCGGUCCAACUAGCGGACCUACAUCUGGACCCACUUCUGGACCAACUUCGGGACCAACUUCGGGACCAACUUCAGGUCCAACUAGCGGACCUACAUCUGGACCCACCUCUGGCCCAACAUCUGGGCCUACCAGUGGACCUACUUCUGUUCCAACUAGCGGUCCAACUUCUGGACCAACCCGCGGACCUACCUCUGGUCCAACAUCUGGACCAACCUCGAGCCCUACCUCUGGACCAACAAGCGGGCCCACAUCAGGUCCCACAAGCCGACCCACCAGUGGUCCAACCAGCGGACCCACAUCUGGACCAACUUCUGGACCUACUUCGGGCCCAACUUCUGGACCUACAUCAGGGCCCACAAGUGGACCUACUUCUGGACCAACCUCUGGACCAACCUCUGGACCAACCUCUGGACCUACUUCUGGACCAACCUCCGGGCCAACCAGCGGUCCAACCUCUGGUCCGACGUCAGGGCCAACAUCUGGACCUACUUCUGGGCCUACAUCAGGGCCCACAAGUCGACCUACCACGGGCCCAACUAGUGGCCCAACUUCUGGUCCGACUAGUGGACCAACUAGUGGCCCAACUUCUGGACCGACCAAUGGCCCUACCAGCGGUCCUACUAGUGGACCAACUUCUGGACCAACUAGUGGACCUACUAGUGGACCAACUAGUGGCCCUACUUCAGGACCUACGUCUGGACCAACUUCUGGCCCGAGCAGUGGACCUACAUCUGGACCAACUUCUGGGCCAACAAGUGGACCUACUUCUAGCCCAACCGUUGGACCUACUUCUGGCCCCACCAGCGGACCUACUUCUAACCCAACCAGUGGUCCGAGCAGUGGACCUACAUCUGGACCCACAAGGGGCCCAACCAGUGGUCCGACCAGCGGACCUACAUCUGGACCAACAAGCGGCCCAAGUAGUGGUCCGACCAGCGGACCUACAUAUGGUCCAACCAGUGGCCCAACCAGUGACCCCACAUCAGGACCAACAUCUGGACCCACCAGUAGUCCGACUUCAGGACCUACAAGUAGUCCAACUUCUGGACCAACUUCUACACCAACAAGCGGGCCUACCUCUGGACCAACCUCCACGCCAACAUCUGGGCCCACAGGUGGACCAACUUCUGUGCCCACCUCUGGACCAACAAGUGGACCUACCUCUGGCCCUACUUCUGGUCCAACAUCUAGCCCUACUUCUGGUCCAACUUCUGUUCCUACAUCUGGCCCUACUUCUGGUCCAACUUCUGUUCCAACCUCUGGCCCUACUUCUGGUCCAACAAGUGGUCCUACUUCUGGUCCCAGCUCAGGCCCCACAUCCGGUCCAACUAGCGGACCUACAUCUGGACCCACCGUUGGCCCAACAUCUGGGCCUACCAGUGGACCUACCUCUGGUCCAUCUUCUGGACCUACCAGUGGACCAACAUCUGGUCCCACCGCAGGACCUACGUCUGGACCGACCAGCGAGCCGACAUCUGGACCAACAACCGGACCUACAUUGGGGCCAACUUCUGGUCCUACAUCGAGCCCUACAGCUGGACCUACUGUUGGACCAACAUCUGGACCAACAUCUAGGCCGACUUCUGGACCUUCUUCAGGCCCUACAUCGGGACCAACAGAUGGACCCACCAGUGGACCUACCAGUGGACCUACAGUGGGACCAACUUCAAGUCCAACCAGCGGUCCAACAAGCGCACCAACAUCUGGACCCACUUCUGGCCCAACUACGGGACCAACCUCUGGACCAACGACUGGACCGACAUCUGGACCAACUUCUGGACCUACCACUGGACCAACGAGUACACCAACGGCUGGACCAUCGGCUGGUCCCACUUCAAGCCCCACAAGUGCACCUACGGUAGGGCCUACUGUAGGACCAACAUCGGGACCUUCAUCAGGACCAACAUCAGGACCUACAUCUGGACCUACAUCUGGACCUACAUCUGGACCUACAUCUGGACCUACAUCUGGACCUACAUCUGGUCCAUCAAGCGGACCUACUGCUGGUCCGACAUCUGGACCUACUUCUAGUCCAACUAGCGUGCCUACGGUUGGACCUACUUCAGGACCCACUUCUGGCCCUACUUCUAGCCCAACCAGUGUGCCUACGGAUGGACCCACUACAGGACCCACGUCUGGCCCAACAUCAGUUCCCACCAGUGGACCAACUUCUGGACCAACCUCUGGACCAACCUCUGGACCAACCUCUGGACCAACCUCUGGACCAACUUCUAGUCCAACAAGCGUGCCCACAGAUGGGCCCACGUCACAACCCACUUCUGGCCCCACAUCACAACCAACUGAUGGGCCUACUUCGGGUCCAACUUCUGGACCUACCGAUGGACCUACCGAUGGACCUACUUCAGGACCCACUUCUGGCCCCACAUCAGAACCCACAGAUGGACCAACUGGUGGACCAACCUCUCUGCCUACUUCUGGACCCACGUCGGAACCUACCAGUGGACCCACUUCUGGGCCUACUUCUAGCCCAACCAGCGUGCCUACAGAUGGACCAACUUCAGGACCCACUUCUGGACCAACAUCAGUUCCAACCAGCGGGCCUACUUCUGGUCCAACCUCUGAGCCUUCUUCUGGGCCUACGUCUAGCCCAACCAGUGUGCCUACUUCAGGACCCACUUCUCGCCCGACAAGUGGUCCAACAUCUGGCCCAACUUCUGGACCAACCAGCGGACCCACAUCUGGACCUUCAAGUCGACCAACAACUGGACCCACUAGUGGACCAACUAUAGGCCCUACUUCUGGACCAACCAAUGUACCUACCUCUGGACCAACCAGCGGACCGACUUCGGGUCCAACAAGUAGUCCAACAUCCGUCCCAACUUCUGGUCCAACAAGUGGACCAACUUCCGGACCAACAAGUGGACCAACUUCCGGACCAACCAGUGGACCAACGUCUAUACCUACUUUUGGACCAACCAGUGGGCCUACAUCUGGCCCUACUGCUGGACCAACAAGUUUGCCCACAUUAGGUCCAACCAGUGGGCCCACUUCUAGUCCUACUGCCGGUCCUACUGCUGGUCCCACAAGUGCACCAACAUCAAGACCAACUUCAGGGCCCACGAGUGGACCCACUUCAGUGCCAACUAAUGGGCCAACGUCAGGACCAACUUCGGGCCCGACCAGUGGUCCAACCAACGGACCCACAUCUAGCCCAACAAGUGGUCCGACCAGCGAACCAACGUCUGGACCAACCAGUGGACCGACCAGCCAACCAACGUCAGAACCGACCAGCGGACCGACCAGCGAACCAACAUCUGGACCGACCAGCGGACCUACUUCAGGUCCUACUUCUAACCCAACCAGUGUGCCUACAGAUGGGCCCACUUCGGGCCCAACAUCAGUUCCCACCAGUGGACCAACUUCUGGACCAACUUCUAGUCCAACUAGCGUGCCUACUUUAGGACCCACUUCUGGCCCAACAAGUGGUCCAACCAGCGGGCCUACUUCUGGUCCUACUUCCAGCCCAACCAGUGUACCUACGGAUGGACCCACUACAGGACCCACGUCUGGCCCAACAUCAGUUCCCACCAGUGGACCAACCUCUGGACCAACUUCUAGUCCAACAAGCAUGCCUACGGAUGGACCCACAUCAGGACCAUCUUCUGGCCCCACGUCAGAACCAACGACUGGACCUACUUCUGGUCCAACUUCUAGACCUACCUCUGGACCUACUUCUAGUCCAACCAGUGUGCCUACCGAUGGACCUACUUCAGGACCCACUUCUGGCCCCACAUCAGAACCCACAGAUGGACCAACUGGUGGACCAACCUCUCUACCUACCUCUGGACCCACGUCGGAACCUACCAGUGGACCCACUUCUGGGCCUACUUCUAGCCCAACCAGCGUGCCUACGGAUGGACCAACUUCAGGACCCACUUCUGGACCAACAUCAGUUCCAACCAGCGGGCCUACUUCUGGUCCAACUUCUAGCCCAACGAGUGUGCCUACCGAGGGGCCAACUUCAGGACCCACUUCGGGACCAACAUCAGAACCAACUAGUGGACCUACUUCGGGUCCAACGUCAGGCCCCACGUCGGUACCAACUUCUGUACCCACGAGUGGACCUACCAGUGGUCCCACGAGUGGACCAACAUCCGGACCUACGUCAAGCCCGACAAGUGGUCCUACCCGUGGGCCUACUUCUGCACCAACUUCAAAACCAACUAGCGGUCCAACAUCUGGUCCAAGCAGUGACCCAACUGCUGGACCAACGUCUGGUCCUACAUCAGAACCGAGUGUUGGUCCUACCAGUGGACCAACCAGUGUUCCAACAUCUAAACCAACCAGCGGACCUACUUCAGGUCCCACUGCCAGUCCAACAUCUGGGCCAACAAGCGGUCCAACAGCUGGGCCAACAGCUGGGCCAUCCAGUGGACCUACAUCUGGACCAACCAGCGGGCCCACUUCUGGUCCAAGUAGUGGACCAACAGCACCUACUUCUGGACCUACUUCUGGACCAACCAGCGGGCCCACAAACGGGCCAACAGCGAGCCCAACAAGUGGGCCAACAAGUGGGCCAACAUCGGCACCUACAUCGGCACCAACAAGUGGCCCAACUGCUGGACCGACUAGUGGUCCAACUUCCGUACCAACUUCUGGUCCAACGUCAGGACCCACAACUGGUCCUACAUCUAGUCCAACUUCAGGACCUACAAGUGAGCCCACAAGUGGACCCACAUCCGGUCCUACAAGCGGACCUUCCUCCGUUCCAACAUCGGGACCUACCUCAGACCCGACUUCAGAACCCACUUCAAGCCCAACAUCAGGACCAUCUAGUGGACCUACUUCUGUUCCCACGGUACGUCCCACCUCGGGACCAACUUCUUUACCCACCUCUGGUCCAACCAGUGGACCUUCUUCUGGACCAACAAGCGGACCAACUUUUGGACCAACAAGCGGACCAACUAGUGGCCCUACGAGUGGACCUACAUCUGGACCAACCAGUGGACCUACAUCUGGACCAACCAGUGGACCUACAUCUGGACCAACCAGUGGACCUACAUUUGGACCAACCAGUGGACCUACAUCUGGACCAACCAGUGGACCUACAUCUGGACCAACUAGCGUACCAACAAGCGUACCAACAAGUGGGCCAACUUCUAGACCAACCGGCGUACCAACCAGCGGCCCUACAUCUGGACCAACUGGCGAACCAACGAGCGGACCUACAUCCGUUCCCACAUCUGCCCCAACGGACGGACCAACUGGUGGGCCUACUUCUUUGCCCACUGCUGGACCAACCAGUGGACCGACGUCUGGGCCAACUGCACCACCGACAUCGGGACCUACAUCCGGGCCCACAUCUGUACCUACUAGUGGACCAACCAAUGGUCCCACUAGUGGCCCCACAUCUGGUCCCACUUCAGGCCCCACAUCUGGUCCAACAAGUGGACCUACAUCUAGACCCACUUCGGGACCAACUUCAGGCCCAACAAGUGGACCAACAAGUGGACCUACAUCUGUUCCCACCAAUGAACCUACAUCUGGACCAACCAGUGUACCCACUUCAGCACCAACUAGUGGACCAACUAGUGGACCAACAUCCGUGCCCACAUCUGGUCCAACAUCAGGACCAACAUCCGUGCCCACAUCUGAUCCAACAUCAGGACCAACUUCAACACCCACCAUGGGUCCUACAGGAGAACCUACACUGUCACCAACUUCUGGUCCUACAUCCGGACCUACAACCAGCCCAACCAGUGGACCGACAAGUGGCCCGACAUCAACUCCAACAUCAGCACCAACUUCUGGACCAACUAGCGGCCCAACCGGCGCCCCAACCAGCGGCCCAACUAGUGGCCCUACCGGUGCACCUACAUCCGCACCCACCAGCAGUCCCACCAGUGGGCCAACGAGUAUUCCAACCAGUGGACCGACUUCUGGACCCACUUCGGGUCCAACGUCAGUCCCAACUAGCGGGCCAACCAGUGGACCUACAAGUGUACCAACCAGUGUACCCACUUCAGCACCAACUAGUGGACCAACUAAUGGACCAACAUCCGUGCCCACAACUGGUCCAACAUCAGGACCAACUUCAACACCCACAUCUGGUCCAACAUCAGGACCAACUUCAACACCCACCAUGGGUCCAACAUCAGGACCAACUUCAACACCAACCAUGGGUCCAACGGGAGAACCUACAUCGGCACCAACUUCUGGUCCUACAUCUGGGCCUACAUCCAGCCCAACCGACGGGCCAACUUCUGGCCCAACAUCUGCUCCGACGUCUGUACCAACAUCUGCACCAACUUCUGGACCAACUUCUGGACCAACCAGCGGCCCAACUAGUGGCCCUACCGGUGCACCGACAUCCGCACCUACCAGCAGUCCCACCAGUGGGCCAACUAGUCUGCCAACCAGUGGACCGACUUCUGGACCCACUUCGGUUCCAACGUCAGUCCCAACUAGCGGGCCGACUAGUGUACCUACAGGCGUACCAACCAGCGGGCCAAGUUCUGGACCGACAUCAGAACCUACCAUCGGUCCAACAAAGGAACCUACAUCGUCACCAACAAGCGGACCUACUUCUUAUCCAACCAGCGGACCAACAUCUGAACCUACAUCCGGGCCUACAAGUGGACCUACGUCUGGUCCAACCUCUGGACCGACAAGUAGUCCAACAUUUGCACCAACUUCUGGGCCUACAAGCGGACCUACAUCUGGUCCCACAUCCAUACCUACCAGCCGGCCGACAUCUGGACCAACUAGUGAACCCACGACGCCAACUAGCGGGCCUACAUCUGGCCCUACACGCGGUGGCGAAUCGCAUAGCGAACCAACGUCUGGUCCUACUUCUGGCCCAACUGGUACUCCAACCUCGGGACCCACCGAUUGCUUGGGCGAAAUGAUUACUGUUCGCAAAGACUGCGCAGGUCAUGCAUUUGAUCCCUCAGCGGUGGAGAUAGAGAACCUUGGAGAAGGACUAUUGUCGUGGAGUAUUGACAAUUGGAUGGCAACAAGCUUUCCUUGGAUUCAAAUCGUCUAUGUCGGAUCGGAUGGCACUUUGCAGAGUUCAGGACAAGUGGCUUUCAAUCAGGGAGAAUCAACUAUUGAUUACACUUCGAAGUGUAAAGGUGAAUCCUCUUCGAUCGAGGUCUAUCUGCCCAUCACAACAACGCCAGAGGAUAGCGAUGUCUGCACGGGAUGGGACCCAGAAAGCGACAUCUGCAGGUACAAGAUUGAAUUCUCUUGUGAAUGUGGCAGCGAUUAUGGUGUUCCAACAUCCGGACCAACAUCAGCACCUACGUCUAGUCCUGCCCCUACUGUUUGUAAGGAAAUUGAACUGCAACACGAAGAGCCAUUGAUUGAUUGGCCACUUGAUGCUGGACCUGAAAUCAUUGAACGGGAUAUUGAUACCGGCAUUGUCACUAUUGGUUUCAAUCAGACUUUUAAUUCCUUGGGAUCCGGAGAUUGUGCAAACGGGCAAAUUGAUUGGAUUGCAUUCGUUGAUGAAUCACAAACGACAUGCUCAAUUGAAAAUAACAUCUGCUAUGGCACUACAUUUGAGGCCCAGAUACAGUGUGCACUUGGGCAAGAAUACGCCAUGUUGACCUUGUUCGUGUCAAGCACCGAUGUUGCAUUCUCUGCAGGUUCGAACUCUAUCCCAGAGUUCUGUUCAGAUUCUACUGUCGAUGACUCCAAUGUUGCAAAGUAUUUAUUUGAGGUUCCAUGUAACUCUGAUCCUUGCCGUACAGAGAUAUCUGAGCCAACUGCAGGACCAACAUCUGGACCAACAUCAAGUCCCACUCCCGACAGUCCGGAUUGUGUCGACGAGACUCUAGUUCAGAUUAGUGGACAAGCUGGACUUGGCUCUGUGACUUGUAGUGGCACCGUCCUUGACAUUUCGGAAAGUGAUUUUCCCGUUGAAGUUCUUGAGCGUAGUCCCGAUGGUGACAAUGUGACAUUUAGAAUCAACCAACUGUUCUACGAUGACACGAUUGCGAAGUUGUCUGUAUUGCAUCGAUACAAUUCCACUAGUCAAGAGUGCGAGUCCGAGAGUGAAGUCGAAUAUGGUUGGACUGAAACCUACACGGCAUACUGUUUCGAGGAUGAGGCACAAAUCACAAUUUACAUGUAUCUCUGUGAUGUUGAUGACUUGACUGAGUGUGAAAAUUGUCAGAGGCCAGACAAUUUCACAAACUUUGUAGAAUACACAUUCAGUGUCUCCUGUUUGCCAGAAUGUGUUCACUGUGAAGAAACUCCGCCUGCUGAAUGUCCAGAGGAUGUGGAGCUUGUCGAAUCGAUUGGUGUGACGGAAUACGAGGAAGCUCCAAUUCGAGUAUUAGAGCAAAACACUUCAACUGUUACAUUCACGAUUGAAAAUUUCCUCGGCGUUGAGCUCGACGACAUGUUCAUCCAGUAUCAUUUCACAGCUGUGGGCGACACUACCUGUGAAAAUCAGAAAAGUGUCAGUGCUUGUGGGUCAAACACAACCUACACGGCAUUCUGCAUGUCUCGAACACCUGUAACAAUCGUUGAUCUCUGGAUAUCUGAUUCGCAUUUGGACAGCUCUAAUUCUGGGACUGUUCCCAGAUGCUGUCAUCCUGAUGAGUCCGAUGUACCAGUUGUCCAAUACUCUUUCUUGAUUCACUGUGAAACACAGUGUGCAGAUGUCCCAGAAGUCCGACUCUUGUCUGAUGAGGAUCGUGCGGGAGCUAUCGAAGGUUUCUACAAGUCUUCGCAUCGAGGCCAGAUGUCUAGUCCAUUGCAAAUCACAGCCAAGGGCGGUCACUACUGUUCCAAGGAAGAACAUCCAUGUGGCGCAAAUAGUGAAAAUGUCCAUGUUUGUCAUUAUUCAGCACGUGAUGGAUACCAGACAUUCUGUGUCCCUGAGGAUGAUACGGACAUUCUAGCAUAUUAUCCAAAGGAUCAUUGCGGACCUUGCUUUGGCGGUUUUGCAAAUCCAGCUGUCUAA